ACACCGUUCGUCGUCUCCCUUGUCGACCCCCUGCCAACGUGAGGUCUAGAGUUUGACAGUAUACCUUGUACGCCGUCAAACUUGACACAUCCGACUUGCUUGAACUUCGACACGACAAACGCGUAUAUAAGACCAUACACUCAACGCGGGUAGAUCAGACAUGCGGAUAUCAUCUAUUCGCCGUUUACGGCCGCGCUACGUGGUACUCGCUGCCACGGCGACUCUAGUCGUUGUCUACCGCAACUGGCUGUAUUGCAUGGGGGUCAUUGCCAACUGUUUCAUAACGUGGAAUCUCAAGCCAGUCAAUUUCAUUGGGUCAAACGACGAUGGGUUAACGAGGGAUUUGGAUGGGCUGGCACCGCCACCACCAGAUGUCGAUUUGGCGUACCUUGCCAUUGCGAGGAGGGUUGUCGCAGGCGAGAACGUUGAGGAGGUCGUGAAGGAGCUCAAGCAGGAGGCUGAGUCGGUAGAGCUGGAAGUCGAGGUGCAGGAGAACGCUGCAAGGCAAGCAGCGGCGGAAGCAGGAGUCACAGACCUCCCACCACCAGCAUCGUCAACCGAGCCACGACUAUCCCAGCUGAUCGAGCUCGACAAACUACCCUUCACCCGCACCUCGGCGCAAACGUACAUCCAGGCAUCCGAAAAGGCGCUCGACUGGGGACCACCAGUACCGGCGUCCGAUCUCAUUAUCCCACCCAUUCUUCACCACAUCGCCAUCGGCAUGAAAACCGAGCCCCCAAAGCAAUGGUUACAGGCUGCGAACGCAUGCAGCGUCAUUCACCCACAUUGGAAACGGAUGUAUUGGGAUGACGCGGCAGCGGAGAAGUUUAUUAAGGAGGAGCAUGCGUGGUUUUGGGAAACGUGGAUGAAUUACAGGUUCAACAUCCAGAAAGCGGACUCGUUGAGAUAUCUUGUGUUGUACACGUAUGGUGGAACAUACUUGGACAUGGACCUGAUGUGCCGGAGGUCGUUGGACCCUUUGAGGAAAUUCCCAUUCCUUGCCAACGCCGCACACCCCAUCGGCGUCUCCAACGGUUUCAUCAUGGUCCCAGCCAAGUCACGCUUCAUCGCCAACGUGAUUGACAACUUGCAGCUGUUCAACCAGUAUUUUAUCUCGCCAUACGCAAGUGUGAUGUUCAGCACCGGCUGCACCUACAUCUCCGCGCUGCACAACAUCUUCCCAGAGCGCGACGAGCUCAAAGUCCUUGGCGGACAACGGAAUCGUCUUAGCGGCAAGGUCAACACCCCGUUGUUCAGGCAUCUGGGCGCCAGCUCAUGGCACCAAGGCGACGCAAAGAUGUUUGUCAAGUUGGGCAAGUGGUUGAAGAAGGUGCCGAUCUUUGGCACGGAGAAGAAGAUACAGACCGGCGAUGCGCCCGCUCUACCCGCGUCCGAACACAUCCCACUACCCGAAUCCACCGUCCCCGAAAUCCCCGCGCCCGCACCAAUAACCUCGCCAUCCCCACCAGAUCACCCCGCACACCACACCCUCCCCUCUCAUACCGAACCCGCAAACACGGACAUCGUCCCUCUCCAAACUCUCAUGCUCAUCUCCCUCACCCUGAUCGCCUUCCUCGCCCUCCUCAAGCUCCGCUACCUUCGCCGCCAACGCCGCGCCACAUCACCCUUCCCCGCAAAGCAGUACACCUCCGUCCCCUCAUCGCCCGCAACGUCCGCAACGGUGUCACUCGUCCCGUCACCGUUAUUAGCAAAGAAGAGCACGUGGAUGAAAACCAAACGGCAACGGCACAGACGCGAGGACAGCGAUGCGAGCGAUACGACUGUAACGUCGUCGUCUGCUGGGGAGAUGUGCGAGUGUCGUGGGUACCCAUGUUCGGGCGAGUGCGCAACCGUGAAAAGCAACAACGCUGCUGCGAAAUCGGACCAUGUGGUCGUGGUGGUUGGCGACAAGGACAGACCGUGGACGGACCUCUGAGACGUCUAGCCCCCACGCCGCAUGCACACGCCCCCUCAACACGCCAAUCGUUGACCGAUCGGCUUUUGGCCACCCCCCACUGCCGCCCCAUAUUUAUUCUUACCAUAUAGAUUUGAGGGCGCGUUAGCUGCCCCCACCCAAACCUGGUGGACGAACACACCUCUCUGAUUCAUUCCCCAUAAUACGGUUCUCCCCACCUUUUCUCUCACAUUAUACUUUUGAUACACGACAACCCCGAUUCACAAUUAUAAUAGCACAUUCAUCGUACCGCCCCCCCCCCCUCCCCCCCC